GGCGGGCGGCAGUGAGGGCGGGAAGCGGCCGCGGGUUGUUUCCCCUUUUUCUCUUGUCCCUUUUUCCUUUUCCCCUCCGGAACUCUCGGUUUUCACUCCGCGAAGGUCCCCGGCGCUCAUCCCCGUGUUUCGGGCUGAGGGGAUGGCGCUGCCCCGGCUGCUAGUGCGAGCGCUGCACCGGGCGGCCGCUGCCGCCGCGGCUCCAGAUUUCAACAGUUUUGUCACUCGGACCAACACAUGUGGAGAGCUGCGUGCUGCUCAUGUGGGACAGAAAGUAACCCUGUAUGGAUGGAUUCAGUAUCAAAGACAAGGCCUGUUUCUGGUUUUGAGGGACUUCCAGGGACUGACCCAAGUCGUUAUUCCUCAGGAUGAGGCACAUUCCCACAUGAAGGAGCUGCUGUCCAACGCCCCGGUGGAGUCUGUGGUGAGAGUCACUGGGACAGUGUCCCCUCGGCCCCUGGGGCAGGAGAACCCGAAAAUGCCAACAGGGGAAAUUGAAGUGAAGGCAGAGACUGCAGAGAUCUUAAACUCCUGCAAGAAGCUGCCAUUUGAAAUCAAGGAUUUUAUCAAGAAGUCAGAGGCCCUGCGGAUGCAAUAUCGGUACCUGGACCUGCGCAGCUCCCGGCUGCAGAACGCGCUGCGGCUGCGCUCUCGCGUGGUGAUGAGGAUGCGCGAGUACCUCUGCAACCUCCACGGGUUCGUGGAUGUAGAAACUCCAACUCUGUUUAAAAGAACCCCAGGGGGAGCCAAAGAAUUCCUUGUGCCCUCAAGGGAAGCGGGCAAGUUCUACUCUCUGCCACAGAGCCCUCAGCAGUUCAAGCAGCUCCUCAUGGUUGGAGGCCUGGACAGGUACUUCCAGGUCGCUCGCUGCUACAGGGAUGAGGGUUCACGGCCUGACAGGCAGCCAGAAUUCACCCAGAUAGAUAUAGAGAUGUCGUUUGUAGAUCAAGCUGGGAUCCAGAGGCUCAUAGAGGGCCUCCUGCAACAUUCCUGGCCUGAGGAAAGAGGCUGCAUUAUGACUCCUUUCCCUUCCAUGACAUAUGAGGAGGCACUGGCUGAGUAUGGGACUGAUAAACCAGACACUCGCUUUGGGAUGAAGAUCAUGGAUAUCAGUGAUGUUUUACGAGGAUCAAACAUUCAGUUUUUGCAGAAUGCCCUCAGUUACCCACGUGGUUCCAUCAGAGCCAUUUGUAUUCCUCAGGGAGUGAGAUAUCUUACAAAUAAAGACUUGGAGUCAUUGAAGGAGUCUGCAAAAUCCCAGUUUAACCAGGAAAUCAUGGAAAUUAUCCACAGACCUGAUGGAAGCUUGAAAUCCCUGCUUACCAAGUUCCUUGGUGAGAAGGAGCAGUCAGAGCUCAUCCAAGCACUGAACAUGCAGGAGGGUGAUGUGGUGCUGCUGGCAGCUGGAGAACACAAGCAAGUGUGCUCUGCAUUAGGAGCCUUGCGGUUGUUGAGUGCCAACCUCCUGGAGGCAGCUGGGCUGGCACUCCGUGAUCCCACAGCCUUUCACUUCCUCUGGGUGGUGGAUUUCCCCCUUUUCCUUCCCAAAGCUGAGAAUCCCACUGAACUGGAAUCUGCUCAUCACCCCUUCACUGCGCCUCAUCCUUCAGAUGUCAGCCUCUUGUAUGCUGAUCCCACAAAGGUCCGUAGCCAGCACUACGACCUUGUGCUGAAUGGCAAUGAGGUUGGAGGUGGCUCCAUCAGAAUUCACAGUGCAGAACAACAGCGUUUUGUGCUGGAGAAAGUGCUGAAGGAGGACUCCGAGGUGCUUUCCCAUCUGAUUGAGGCUUUGGAAUUUGGAGCUCCACCUCACGGAGGAAUUGCUUUAGGACUUGACAGGCUGAUCUCUCUCAUUGUUGACGCUCCAAGUAUCCGGGACGUCAUUGCCUUUCCAAAAUCCUUCAGGGGACGAGACCUGAUGGGCAAUGCUCCAGACUAUGUCACUCCAGAAGAACUAGAGCCAUAUCACAUUCAGGUUUCCUGGCCUCUUGAAGAAAAAGAGGCAAAGAAAAACUGACUUCACGCCAGUGGUAGCAUUGUGUAAGAUUGUGCUUGGGCCUGUGGAAGCCAAAUCUACAGAAAAUCCCUGAAACCACAAUCUGCUUGGCACACUUACCUGUAUAUUUUGGUAGGAGCAAGAGUAGACAGGCAGUACAAAGAAAUCCAUGGAAAUCAGGGCUGGUAAUAUUGCAGAACAGAAUCUCCUGCUUGCUGGAGGGAAGAUGCCAACCUGUGAUCCUGAAAAGAGAUGUUGAAACCAUCACAGACCCCUUAUUGCCUCUGCUCUUUGUUAUUUCCCCUGUAUCAGACAAACCUAUGGAGAGCACUGCUCUGUCAGCUGUGCUAGAAGAUGCCAAAUCCUGUGCUCCUCUGUUAAGAAUUAUUCUUUAGAGGUAAGAAUGUGAGGUUGAAUGUUCCCUGACAUGAUCCUCUCCACUCCAGGGAACUUCAUGACUGGCACAGAUGGGAUGUGAAGAUCAAGGUGGGCACUGGGAUUGUACAAGGAGUGCUCUAGCAGGAGCCAGGGUUGGAUGUGAAGCCUCUGCAGUCUUUGACUCCACCUCUUACUGAUUUUCUUCUGUUAGAUCUCAACAAAACACUGGUAAAAUGAGGGACUGUUUAUUCCCCACCUCUGGGAGAACCUACUCCGUGUAUGUUUCAAUAGAUUUGACCAGAACAACCCUCUAAUAAAUUUAUACUACUUGUUUGUGGAAGCAGA